GCUUUCUUCCUAUGUAAUCUAGGAACACAUUAACAAUAACAUUCAAGAUUUAGUAAUCUUUGUCUCCUACAGUCCAAUCCAUACACAAGAUGGUUCUUUUAAAAUGUAAAUCAAGCUGAGCAUAGUGGUGCACACCUUUAAUCCCCACAUUCUGGGAGACUGAUGCAGGAGGAUUACAAAUUUAAGCCCAUCCUGAAUAAUCAGGUGACUUAGCAAAACCCUGUCUCAAAAUUAAAAAAAAAAUAUUAAAAGGACUGGGCAUAUAGUUUGGUGUGAAAGCUGUCAGUACUGUGAAUAAAGUAUAUAAUAUCAGAUUAUCUCAUUCUCCAUAAGUCCUUUAGUGGUAUCCUUUCCCAAGUAAAAGUCAAAAACAUCACAACAGUUUUACAAGAAUUGGAGAAUUAUAAGUCUUUAUGUGACCAAUGCUCUGUCCUAGCAUUUCCUCAAACUUACAAGACCUAUUCUCACCCCAGUGCUUUCCCAUAAAUAGUACUCAUUGUUUUACUUCCUCUGUUCCUCCUUCAGUCUACUCAAAUAUGGUCUUAACAGUGAGGCUGACCAUCCUAUACAAAAUGGCAAAAUCAAUUCUCUUGUUUUAUUUUUCUCCCUAGGACUUAUAACCACUUGGAAAGUUGUAUACUUACUUGUUUAUCUGUAUGUCUUCUCCUGUAGCAUGUGUCACACGAGACAGAAAUGUUCUUGUAUCAUGUGCCUUUAAGAGUCUCAGGCUCAUUAAAUAUAUGCUUAAUGAGACCCUCAACUUCAGGAGUCAGAAGUUGGCCAGCACCUUCAGUAGUAAGAAAAGGCAGCACCAAAGUAGCUUUCCUGAAGAACUAAUUUCAAUUAGGUGGCAUGUAUUUCCCUUGACUGAUCAAAGAAUAAAUUCUACCAAAAGCUCAAACAUAUUAAGUCCUCCUAUCUUUUUAAAUUGGCCAAUUACAUGAAACGUUAGAGCUAGUUCUAAAAUAGGCACAGCUCCCUUUUCCUAAUCUGAUAAUAUAUGAAUUCUGUAUAUGAGGAUGGAUUUAAUGACUAUCAUUUUGUUAUUAAAAGUGGAUCUAAUGCUACUUUUUCUAAAGAUAUAGCAGUUUUCUUAGUAUUAAGAUCUUAGAUGCUCAUGAAUUUGAUAGCCAUGGUAAUGUAAACUUUGCAGUUGAAAGACACAGUAGUAUGUCUGAGGACUGAACUACUAGUCCCAGAGUGCUUCUCUAGAGGAUUCUGGGAAGUGUGGCAGAAACACACUUUUAAUGACUGUUGUAAAGAUUAAGUUACAUUUCCCAGAGCGUGUCUUUAGAAUUCUGGGAAGUGUGGCAGAAGCAGCAGUGGUAUCUCGUGGAAGGAAAAGGUUUAAAGUGGAACUUUUGGUGUUUCUGCAGACUCUCCAGCCCAAAAGAAUUCAGAGCACCUGGUAAUGUCUCUGUAUUGUGGAAUAGCUUGUACAAGAAGAAAUUUAUGGUGCUCUAGGUUGCUGUCAACCUAUGUCACUAAGACACGGUAUUUAUUUGAACUGAAAGAAGAUGAUGAUGCAUGUAAAAAAGCCCAGCAGACAGGAGCAUUUUACCUGUUUCAUAACCUGGCUCCUUUGCUUCAGACAGCAGACCGUCGAUACACCAUACCCCGGUUUAGCCUACUAGAGGUGGAAAGACUCCUGCAUAAGUUUGGACAGGAUGCACAAAGAGUGGAAGAUUCUGUGCUGAUUGGAUGCUCUGAACUGCAUGAAGCAUGGUUUGCUCUGGAUCUAGGUCUCAACAGCUCCUUUUCCAUACAUGCCUCCUUACCAAGAUCUGAAGUGGAGACAGAGCUCAAGGGGUCUUUCACUGAGCUAAGGAAAGCUCUCUUUCAGCUGAAUUCAAUGGAUUCUUCCUUGCUAUUCACGGCUCAGGCUCUUCUCCGAUGGCAUGAUGGUCAUCAGUUCUGCAGCAAAAGUGGGCAGCCCACCAAAAAGAAUAUCGCCGGCAGCAAGCGUGUGUGCCCUUCCAAUAACAUCAUCUAUUACCCACAAAUGGCUCCUGUCGUAAUUACUCUGGUGUCAGAUGGGACCCGGUGCCUGCUUGCCCGCCAGAAAUCCUUUCCCAAAGGGUUGUAUUCUGCCUUGGCAGGCUUUUGUGAUAUAGGUGAAAAUGUGGAAGAGGCUGUCCAGCGAGAAGUUGCAGAAGAGGUGGGACUGGAGGUGGAGAGCAUGCAGUACUCCGCAUCUCAGCACUGGCCCUUUCCUAACAGCUCGCUCAUGAUUGCUUGUCAUGCAGCUGUGAAACCAGGGCAGACAGAGAUCCAGGUGAACUUGAGGGAACUAGAGGCAGCUGCCUGGUUUAGUUAUGAAGAGAUAGCCACAGCACUGAGCAGAAAGGGCCCCUACAUUCAGCAACAGAAUGAAACUUUCCCACUCUCACUGCCCCCCAAGUUAGCCAUUGCCCACCAACUGAUUAAGGAGUGGUUAGAAAAACAGACAGGUGCUUCCCUGUCUGCAUAGGUCAAGCCAUCAACAUCUCUCCUGGACAUCACCAAAGGACAUAUUUGAAAUCCACUGUAAAGGAGAAGUGACCACAGGACCAGCUCCAAACCAAAUGUGAUGGCACAUGACUGUAACCCCAACACCGUGCGAGGCUGAGGCAGGGAUGAAAUAUGAACCCAGCCUGGACAAUUUAAUGAUUUAGAAAGGUGCUGCCUCUAGCUGGACAUGUUGUCACAUGCCUGUAACCCCAGGACUUGGGGGGCUGAGGCAGGAGGAUUGCUGUGAGUUGGAGGCCAGCCUGGGCUACAACGUUCAAGGCCAGACUGAACUACAAAGUGAAACUCUGUCUGAAGAAGAAAAAGAGAGAGAAAAAAAAGAAUUAAGAGUACAGCAAAAACAAUUUUUGGUGCAACAAUAAACUGUUUUCAUCUAGAUUCUAAAUCUUUGUGACUAGUAAAUGUGCAGAAGCAAUACUCAGUCUAGUUGAAAAGAGCUGGGGCAGGCGGCUCUAAGCACUGUGAGUAAAACAUACAAGCCCAGCAGUCUUAAGAUUUUUCACCUAUUAGAGUCCCUUAGAACUAAGCAAAAGAAAAGCCAGAAUUAGAAAAAUUAAAGCAGAGAAUCUCUUUUUGGCCCCAAAAGUUCACUGCUAUCUUCAUUACCAGAAAACCAUCAUUGCUUUGGGGAAAUAAAAGUGCCUUUAGCUAGAAUCCUCGAGAGAUAAUAUGUGCUCGGACUUGACUGUCCUGUUAGGUUGGCAGCCUGCCUUUACCUGGAGUGAACUCUGCUUUUAGAAGGAAAACACAUUCAGGAAAAAAAGAGGCCUGAGAUUUCUUCAUAUCUUGCGGUCAGAAGAAAACAGUUCAGGGUUCAUGUGUAUUACUGUCUCCCAAUCGUUUCUUUCUCUGUGGGUGUGUUUGUGAGCACAUGUGUACACAUCCCCAGUCAAAAUACUGAUAGAAUGGGGGUGCAGGGUUCCUGGUUAUGAAUUUCUCAAACUUACCAUGGAGUAACUGUUUACUUUUAUUUAUUUAUUUGGUACCGGGAAUCGAAUUCAGGACCUUGUACUUGCCAGCACUAAGCUACAUCCCCGGUGCCUGUUUGCUUUUUGAUGAAUCUGUUUUUUGGGAAUUCAGAAUGAGAGUGACUAACAGAAGCUGCAACACUGAAGUUUGUUUUCCCAGCACAAGCAGUAAGAGGGCACUACUAUACAAUUCUGAGGAUAUCUGAAAGCUGACGCAGAACAAGGCAGGUUGCUGUGCUGAAAAUGGUGGAUGAACUCAUACAGGACACUAAGUAGAGAGGACAUACGCAUGGCAAUGAGUUUUGAAGGUGCUAUUUAUGGCUAAAUAGAACCCAGCUGAGACUACGAUGCAGACUAGCAAAACCUUAAAACAAAUAUAUUUGUCAGCAGAGGAAGCAUGCCUCAAGUCAGUUAACCCUGGCAACAGGAAUAAAAACUGAUUUCUUA